UGGAGAAGUGGAAUGUCGCCGGCGCCGCUCCCUGCGCGGGACUCGCGGAGCGGCACUGGGCAUGCUCAGUCGCCGGAGCCCGUCCUGAUCUCAAGUAGGAAGCUCGCGCGCUGCACCCGCCGCUGAUCCGGGCGCUUCGCGGAGGGCGAGACUGGAGCCGAGCGACCGGGCGCCGGAGCCGAGGCGAGGACCGCGCGCACCACCGGUUGGAGCUGCCUUGGGUGAGCUGCUGCGGUCCAUAGCCAAGCAUGCUGUGGUCGGAUCUGCCCAGCUGUGGAACAGAAACAUUCGCUGGAUGGAAAAUCCAUAAAAGAAAGCUGCUGUGAGAGCCUGAGACAGACCAUAACUUAAGCGAGAUCAGAUACAUCUGGGCUGCCUGACCUCACUGAGUGAUUGCUAUUAAUUAACAAGACUUUGUGGGAGAAGGGAACUUGCCUUUUGAGCUUUGUACCAAAGAUCGGGGAAAACAAACCCUCUCAGUCUUCCUGAGUAGUGGAGACUCCCGAGGCCCCUGCAAUGUGCUGACUGGUCGCUAUGGGCAGACGGUACCCGGAGGCUCACUGUCAUCCAGGCAGCUCAUAUUUCAAAUUAUAACCCAUUUCCUGCACCAUUGCUGACGUCCAGCGAUCCAUGUCAGAAGUACUUCCAGCUGCCUCGGGCGUAGACACUUUGGCGGUGUUUAUGGCCAGCAGCGGAACCACGGAUGCCACGAAUCGGAACAGCCCGGUCACACCACCGAAUACCCUUAAUCUCCGUUCCUCCCACAAUGAACAGUUGAAUGCUGAAAUCAAGCACACGGAAGCCAAGAACAGCACACCCCCCAAAUGCAGGAAAAAAUAUGCACUGACUAACAUCCAGGCAGCCAUGGGCCUCUCCGAUCCCGCCGCACAGCCUCUGCUGGGAAAUGGCUCGGCCAACAUCAAGCUGGUGAAAAACGGGGAGAACCAGCUCCGGAAGGCUGCCGAGCAGGGACAGCAGGACCCCAACAAAAACGUCAGUCCCACUGCCGUCAUCAACAUAACUUCUGAGAAGUUAGAAGGCAAAGAGCCCCAGCCGCAGGAUUCCCCGGGCUGUGAAAUUUUACCCUCCCAACCCCGGAGAACCAAGAGCUUCCUCAAUUACUAUGCAGACCUGGAAACCUCAACCAGAGACCUGGAGCCGGACUCGGGCAGCCAGCAUGGGGUCGUGGAGGACAAGUCCCAGCCGGGCCAGGGCCAGGCCUCCACCGUCAUUGGGAAUGGGGACCUGCCGCUGCAGAAACCAAACAAAUCCCAGUUCAGCCCCGAAGAGGGCCAAGUAGCCACCGUGUCCUCCAGCCCCGAGACCAAGAAGGAUCAUCCGAAAACAGGGGCCAAAACGGACUGUGCCCUACACCGGAUCCAGAACCUGGCGCCCAGCGACGAGGAGUCCAGCUGGACCACCCUGUCCCACGACAGCGCCUCGCCCAGCUCCCCGGACGAAGCAGCAGAUGUAUGGAGUGAUCACUCAUUUCAGACUGACCCGGAUCUGCCUCCUGGCUGGAAAAGAGUCAACGACAUCGCUGGGACCUAUUACUGGCACAUACCAACAGGAACGACGCAGUGGGAGCGCCCUGUCUCCGUCCCAGCGGAUCUUCAGGGAUCUAGGAAAGGCUCGCUUAGUUCUGUAACGCCAUCUCCCACCCCAGAGAGCGAGAAACAGCCAUGGAGUGAUUUUGCUGUUCUGAAUGGGGGAAAGAUUAAUAGUGACAUUUGGAAGGAUCUGCACGCAGCCACCGUUAACCCGGACCCCAGUCUCAAAGAGUUUGAAGGAGCAACACUACGCUAUGCGUCUUUGAAGCUCAGAAAUGCCCCACAUGCUGAUGAUGACGAUUCUUGUAGUAUCAACAGUGACCCAGAAGCGAAGUGUUUUGCUGUGCGCUCCCUGGGAUGGGUAGAAAUGGCAGAGGAGGACCUCGCCCCCGGGAAAAGCAGUGUUGCCGUCAACAACUGCAUCAGGCAGCUCUCUUACUGCAAAAAUGACAUCCGGGACACGGUCGGCAUUUGGGGAGAGGGGAAGGACAUGUACCUGAUCCUGGAGAACGACACGCUCAGCCUGGUGGACCCCAUGGACCGCACGGUGCUCCACUCGCAGCCCAUCGUGAGCAUCCGCGUGUGGGGCGUGGGCCGCGACGACGGCCGAGAUUUUGCUUAUGUAGCAAGAGACAGAGACACAAGAAUUUUGAAAUGUCAUGUAUUUCGAUGUGACACACCAGCAAAAGCCAUCGCCACAAGUCUCCACGAGAUCUGUUCCAAGAUUAUGGCCGAACGGAAGAACGCCAAAGCCCUGGCCUGCAGUUCCUUACAGGAAAGAACCAAUGUGAACCUCGACGUUCCCUUGCAAGUCGAUUUCCCGACACCAAAGACGGAGCUGGUGCAGAAGUUCCACGUGCAGUACUUGGGCAUGUUACCUGUGGACAAGCCGGUCGGAAUGGAUACCCUGAACAAUGCCAUAGAAAGCCUAAUGACCUCGUCCAGCCAGGAGGAUUGGCCAUCCGUGAGCAUGAGCGUGGCCGAUGCCACUGUGACGGUCAUCAGUGAGAAGAAUGAAGAGGAAAUCUUAGUGGAGUGUCGCGUGCGGUUUCUGUCCUUCAUGGGCGUCGGGAAGGAUAUCCAUACAUUUGCCUUCAUCAUGGACACUGGGAACCAGCGCUUUGAGUGCCACGUUUUCUGGUGCGAACCUAACGCCGCUAACGUGUCCGAGGCGGUGCAGGCCGCCUGCAUGCUGCGAUACCAGAAGUGCUUGGUAGCCAGGCCGCCGUCACAGAAAGUCCGGCCACCUCCUCCGCCAGCGGACUCGGUGACCAGACGGGUCACAACCAAUGUGAAACGCGGGGUCUUGUCCCUCAUUGACACUCUGAAACAGAAACGCCCUGUCACGGAAACGCCGUAGCUGCGGAUGCUAAAGGAUCCCGCCCUCUCUCCCCGAAGAUCGAAUAGCUACACUGAAGAACACGGACUGUCUCCGGCCUUCCGUUCCGCUGCUGAUGCUUUGUCUUCAGAAAAUUUAUCCUUCGCCGAACAGUGUUAGACAAGCAUGUUCUCUCGUCUUGCCACCAUCAUGUGAUAUGAAAAGAAGCAUGACUAAUUUUUUUGCUGUAAGUUCCAUCAUGAGCCGUGGAAGGUCUUUUUCUUAUUGUAAAUAUCGUGAACAUGAUUAACUUCACACACACGGGGAAGAAUGUGGCCGCACCCCUCCCUCCUCGCGAACUGAUGCCGAGUCCUUGGCGUGAAGGACGCCCGGGUUGCGGUCUUCGUGACAGGAUCUGUCCUGAGCAGCGUUGCAGUCCUACGGCACUUUGUCCUGUGUUCAACUUUGGAGAAGACUCUGCAUCCCAGACACCACUGAGAUGCUGUAAAAAUAGGAUGAUUUUUAGUUAAAUUCGUAAAACUGGACCUUUUCGUUGUCAAAAUUGGCUAUUGGCAUCAGAAUGGAAACCGACUGGCCGCUUUCCUUGACGAGCUCGACACGUGGACACCGUUUCAUGUCAGCAGCUGAUUGUGGGGUGUUGGGGGGAAAAAUGAAACUUCACAAUUGAAAACAAACCAAAUGUCAGAAAUUAAAAUGGAACAAAAAUAGCCUUUCUUUUCAGAUGGUUUUCAAACCGAUUAAGAAAAAGAAAGAGGUUAACAAAAUCAUAAUGCAUUUUGGGUGGGACAUAUUCAAACUUCUGCCUUAUAUUGUACAAUGCAGCUAGAGAAUUAUAGUUCACUAUGGCCAUUCUCUGCAUAAACAACAUUAAAAUGAAGUAUUCCUCGUAAGCCUUUUGUCCUUAGUUUGCUAAUUAGCCAAUAUGCAAUUUGGAAUUGAGGAAAUGCCAUUUAUAUUUUAUAUUGUCCACCUCCUAAGUAACGUCUGCUAGGAUUCCGCAUCUGGCUCAAUCUUACCCUAAUGCUUUUUGCCCAGAAAGCUGUCUGUCCAUCAUGUAUUUUCCAUGGCAACAAAGUACAUUAAGUUGAACCUUUCUUGGACUUAUGUCUUUACUAUCCGAAUUUGUAGACUCCACUAGCUAUAUUUUUUUAUUUAUCUUUUUUCCAUUAUAUUUUCAAGAUUUAAAAAUUUCUAAUCAGAGCAAAAUCUACAUAAGGACAAU